AUGGACCCCGACGCCAUCCAGGACCUCCUCCGGGGCAUCACAGAGGAGCAUCUCCUCGACCCCAGCAGCGACCCCCCGCCCCCUUCCUCGCCCUCCCUGCCCACCCUCCCCCCCUCCUCCCCACCCGUCGACCAAGACGGGCCGCCGUCGAAACGUAUGCGCCUCGAUCUCGACCGUCACCUGAUUUCAACACCCAGCGCUUCAUCCAGCGGGUUCCAAACAGCCGGGGGAAGGGCAGUCCCGCCCCCUUCUGCUGCUUCUCGCCUGAAGGCAAUGAAGAUGUUUGACGAGAUAGACUCUGCCGCGGACCCGUUGCUAUCCGCAACAUCUCCUCCCGAGCCGGUCCCUCUGGUCGGAUUCACAACGGGAAGAGGCAAGAAAGUUCCACCCCCUUCGGCCGCUGCUCAGCAAAGGGCAAUGAAAUUAUUCGACGAAAUCAACUCCACGGCAGUCCCCGACGCGGUCACGGCGCUCCCAAUGCUGCCCGAGACUGGGGUGGGGCCGCAGAAGAGCGAAGAACGGCAUACGCCCCCAGCUACUGCCGUGCAGAGAUCGCCAGAAAUUUCUGUUGAUACUGGUACAUUGAUCAAUCUCGUCACAUCCGUACCGACUGCGCUUGAUACACCUUCAGCAGACCUUUUUGUUGGUUUCAAGACUGGCGGUGGGAAGGCCGUACCUCCCCCUUCGGCUGCUGCUCGUCAACGAGCUUCAAAGUUGUUUGACGAGAUAGAGAGUUCGACAGACCUGUUGUGCUCCACGCCGCUCCCAAACUCCCCGGGCCUUCAGACUGGCUUCAAGACCGGAAGAGGUUUCGCAGUCCCUGAUCCGAGCGCUGCUGCCAAACAGAAAGCUUACAAGUUGUUUGAAGAUCUCGACUCCCCCUCUCAGCUCCUAGAUGCAUCUGGUCAAGCCAAGUCCGGAUUCAAAAUGGGACGUAGAGAGGAGGUGCCAGAACCCAGCCUGGCUGCUCGGCAUGUCCUCAAACAUACUCAGAGCCUUUUGCCGAAACUUGAUACAGACUCGCCCGUGCCCCCGGCCUUCAGGUCGCCAGCUCCAAAGUCUGGGACUCACCUUCGGUCUGGCCAUGAUAUCUCGGUGUCUCUUGUCGGAGAUGCGGAGAAUGUUGCAUCACCUACACCUGCGACGCCCGCCCUUGAACCGUUCAAAAAACGAAAUACCAACCUUCAGCCGGCUACCCCCACCAGGACCCCCCUUUCCGCCAAGACCAACACCUACGCGAGUACAAAAAAGCCUAUCCAGAUCAGAACCCCGGCGUCCCAAGUACAAGCUCGAAGGAUUGGCUUAGGUUCCACGCCUGCGCGAAAGUCCAAGAGAGGGUUUGUGACUCCAUUUAGGGCUACACCCGCGCCCUUCAAAGAGGUGGCGACGCCGUCCAAGCCGAAAGCUGUAGUCUCGAAUCCGGUCUUUGAUCUUAUGCGUCCGGAAAGUCGCCUCUCCCUCAAACAGGCGUUUCUUCAUCCCCAGUACUACAGUCGGAAUGAACUGGCCACAAUGAACAUCCCUGACGAGAUCGCCGCUGUGACACCCGACAAUGCUGCUUUGUAUCAUUUCGCUCUAGACCAAUCGACCUUUGGCACACAGCAAGCUUUGAAGGCGAUCAGGGAGUGUGGAUGCUCGUUGGCAACGUCUCGAUGGGUUGAGAAUCACUGGACGCUCAUUCUGUGGAAGCUGGCUGGCCUUGUCCAAGCCAAGCCCGAGUUGUAUGAGGACAUGUGGAAUGCCGAGGAGGUCACAAAACAGCUUCAAUAUAGCAGAUAUGAGCGAGAGUUUGGCGCCGCCCAACGGCCCCUUAUCCGACGCAUCCAAGAGCACGACUCCUCGCCCAGUCUACCCAUCGUUCUGGUCGUCUCUGCGGUUCACCGCUCCACAGAGGACGCAAGCCAUAUCAGUCUCGAUCUGACGGAUGGGUGGUACCACAUUCGAGCUCAGAUUGAUGACUGCCUCAGACGUGCGGUUGAAAAGGGCAGGAUCUGUGUGGGACGAAAACUUGCCGUGACCGGAGCAAAGCUAGAGUCUGGCAGUGAUGGUGCCGAGGUGCUUGAUGCCUACAAGUCUUCUAGGCUCAUCGUGUCUGGCAAUUCUACCUCGCUUGCGCGGUGGGACACUCGGCUCGGUAUGCAGCCUCAUCCGUUCAUAGCUUCUCUGUCUAGCCUCACGGUGGACGGCGGGGUCGUGACACUGAUGGAUGUUGUGGUCGAAAAGGUUUUUCCUAUGGCCUUUACCAGUGGCGACAGGACUUCUCGAGAGCCUCCAUGGGACGAGGAGGAGGAACAAUGUCGCCAGGACCAAUGGAAGAAGCAAUACAAGGCAGAACGCGGCCGCCAAGAGGAAAAGCUGAGAAAAGAGAUGGACAAGUUGCAAAAUCUCGGUGCUAUGCUAGCUGGAUAUGCCGAGGAAACAAACCCGACCAUUAGCGAAGCACCAGACUCGAUUGAAGAUGACUUGGAGGAGCUACUCGGUUGUAAAGAUGCUCCUUUGCGCAUACGGAAGCUGGCGUCUGAUCACAUUGUGCACCUUGCCUUGUGCGCCAGGUCACGUCUCAAUCAAGAGCUCGAAGAAGGAAGGUCGGAGAUUGAGGCGCAAUUGCGGACCACUUGCCCGCCCCGCGAAGUUCGAGACUUUCGCAUCGUCAGAUUCAAGGAUGCUCAAGAAGUCCAACGAGAGUCAUUCAGGACGGGAAUGCUGAACGUAUGGGACGCGAGGGGUUUGGGCGAGGGUAAAUUGAAAGAAGGCGGGAGAUAUUUAGCAAGUCUUGUCCCGCGUUUCCGAGACCAUUACUAA